GAGAGUGCAUGUCUGCCGAAUGAUUGGAACUAUGAAGAGCGACCAAAACACCACUGUUGUAAUACGAGAUGCGAAUAAUGAACCGAUUUGCUGAUGAGGGGUACAGAAACUGGCUAAAAGGUAAUGAAGGCCUGCGUGAACUGAGAGCUCGCCUUUCCUCUUUCUUGGAAAACGAAACCCGAAAUUUUCACGAGUGUCUCAGUGUUAAAAUAAACACCGUUCUACACGGGAAAACUUGUAAAGCGAACUGCGAUAUCAAGAGCUGGAUUCCAAAACCCAAGAAGCUUCCUGCUCUGUGUAAGGUGUGUGUUCCCUGGAGGGAUGAGAUUCUGGACAAUCACAGUGCGAAGGGAGGGCCAAUCCACUGGAACAACAGUGUUCCACGUCUUUGGCCCACUGAGAAGUGGGAGGUAGCCAAGGUGUACAUGCCACGGGGACACAGGAGUCAUAAUUCUUUUAAAGACUUUGACAUUGCUGCUCUCCUCAACUUAAUGAUCUGCUGUAACCACUUUCGGACGUUCAUUGAGGCCCAAUAUAUUCUAAAGGUAAUGGAGGUGAGGAACUCUGUGAUGCAUUCACCUGAUAAUAGUAUCAGCAAAGAGGAUUUGGAGGAACAUCUGAGGAAGAUCAGAAACCUGGGCCAGGCCUUAGAACCAUAUGUCCCAGAACUUAGCACACUCUCAGAAGCUAUUGACGAGUUCAGUGAGAUUACGGACAUGCAGCCUCGAACGAGUUUUGCUAUUCUUCAAUCUGCAAGAGUGGACAGUAGACAGCGGCCACGCACAGAUGGAGAGAUAAUAAGAGAUGCUGAAAAAUGGGCUCUGACUGAGAAGAUUGAGUCCAUAAUUCAACGUUUUGAGGAUGGGCAGAGGGCGGGGUUAAAAGAGGAGAUCCUGGCCUUAGACAAGUUCCUCCUCACGUCACAUGAUCUCAUUCGGCAUGUCCGCCCACAGCUGAAGAAACUGUCAGACAUUGCAGCACACUUCGAAAAUCUUUAUGUUGAGUCUGUCACACGACACAGACAAACUUACGAUGAGCUUUUGGAAGAAGCUGAAACAAGCGGUCUGCUAGAAAAGAUCUCUUCUGUAUGCCAGCGCUUUGAGGCCGGGCAAUGGACAGGUCUAAAAAAGGAGAUAAAAGAUAUUUUAUGGAUGCCCAUGGAACUUGCUCUUUUCCUAUGA